UGAUGGAUAGUCGCAAUCUGAGUCCCAGUUCCACAUCCACCUGUGUGUAUCUGCAUCUUCUGGUGCUGCUUCCAUUGCUGGCAGUUGAGGCCUCACCAAGGCCUCACGGUAUCAUCUUCCCCAAGUAUUCCUUCGAUGGGUGCUACCUGGAUGAGUCCUACAGUAGGAUUGGAUGUUGCCGGCGCCUGGAGGACUGUCCUAGUGCCCUAAAGGCUUGGCUGGAGAGGCGCGAGGCACCCAAGACCUGUUACUUUGUCAAUUUCGACCAAUACGUGUGCUGCGAUGUUGCUGCGGAGGCUACGCCGCCACCAAGGGCGCCACCCACUCCCAUGCCCUACUCGAGUCCGCUGAAGUUGCGACCCAGUGUGCAAUCGUGCUACUGGGCCAACAAUGUGCCGAUCGUUAAUAACAAGCCAGUAUUCGUUUUCCCGGCUGUGUUAGCAAAUCCCACCGGUUACCGGGAAUACCCCUCCAUGGCGGCUCUUGGCUGGCGCUCAAACUUCGAUGAGCAGAUAUUCUAUCUAUGUGGAGGUGCCCUGAUCUCCAGCACAUUUGUUUUGACGGCAGCCCACUGUGCCGAUUUGGGCGGGGAACCGCCCAGUCAGGUUCGCCUCGGUGGCGACAACUUAACUUUAACAGAAGGCGAAGACCUCUUCAUCCGCCGGGUGUUUGUCCAUCCGGAGUACAAUAACAAAACGCCCUACAACGAUAUUGCGCUCCUUGAGUUGGAAACCGCUGCCAAGCCGGAACUCAAGCCCAUCUGCCUUUAUACGGAGAAGGAGCUGGAGGACUCGCUGGUCACGGCCAUCGGAUACGGACAGACGAGCUUCUCCGGACCCUCCUCCGCCCAGCUGCUCAAGGUGCGGCUCCAGACCGUGAGCAACAAGGAAUGCCAGGACUAUUACCAGGUGGACCAGCUGGCCCAGGGAGUGCUGAGCACCCAGCUGUGUGCGGUAGAUAAAUUCGGUGGACAGGACACGUGUCAGGGUGACUCUGGUGGACCGAUGAUCAUGCAGGACGGGAAACUCGACUACAUUGUGGGCAUCACAUCGCUGGGACAGGGAUGCGGGAGUGGACCGCCGUCGGUGUACACCAGAGUCUCGAGCUUCGUCGACUGGAUCGAGGGCAUUGUCUGGCCAGAAGGUUUUAAGCCUCCUCAGGAAACUCAAAUCCCAACCGAUACCAAAUUAAACACUUUCUAAAAAUCAAUCAAGUAAUUAUAUAAUUUUUUUCUAAAGAAUUGUAGUCUUACACAAAUUUGUAGCUUCCACAUUUUAAAAAUCUACAUUUUUAAGAUAUCAUUCAUAAUAGGAUAUCAUUUAGAAAAAUUUGAUGAAAUAUAAUACUUACUUUAUAUUUUGAGUUUUCUAAUUAAAGAAUUGCGAGAAUAAAGAAUAUGUAGAA